AUGUCAGAUAAACUCAUGGACACUGAGCCUGGCGGCGAGCGACAAAACCAGUACGAAGGCGUCCAUACCUUCGUCGAGCCGCACUCCAAGCAAGCCGGCCAAUUCGGCGACCCCUCAACUGGCACAUCCACCGAUACCAAGACCAGCGAUCCAGGCGCCCCAAACACACACGGCAUCACUCCUGCAGACAAGAUCCGCUACGGACAGAGCAUCCAAGAAGGCGGCAUGGGGGGCAAGACGACGAGUUCGACAGGCGAGGCGAACAACGAUUCAGGGUUUGGAGGAACUGAGGCUCUGGGCGAUGAUGACGAGAGUGCUGCGAAGCAGAGGAAAGAGCAGGGUUAUGGUGGAGAUAAGGACAUGGAUAGGACUAUUGGCGCCUAG